CCUUUCCCCGCCGCGCCCUCGGUUCUUUCCUUCCCAGCCGCGCGCAGGAAAGGGAAGGCGAAGCGAGGAGGCGACCAAUAGCCACGGCCAGAGGAGGGGCUCCAACCGGGGAUCGCCCUCCUCCUCCUCCUCCUCCCGGCCGAGCCGUGGGGCCGCCCCUCCGAAGAGGGAGAUCCAGCGAGGGGAAGGCGAUGGAGCCCGAAGGCGGCGACGUGGCGGGGGACUCAACCGGCCUGCUGCUCCUGGACUUAUAUGACGACGAGGACCUGGAAGUGUUCAGCAAGGACGCAUCCCUGACAGAAAUAAAUUCAUUCAGUCCUUUGAUGCCAACAUCUCCAUCUUCUAUGAUAAACCAGUAUAAGUUUGAAGAUGAACCAGAAUCAAAGGACCUUUUCAUUACAGUUGAUGAUCCAGAAAGCCACGUCACUGCCAUUGAGACAUUUAUCACCUACAGGGUGGUGACAAAGACAACCCGUGGCGAAUUUGACUCCAGUGAGUAUGAAGUUAGGCGACGAUAUCAAGAUUUCCUUUGGUUAAAGGGAAGACUUGAAGAAGCACACCCAACACUCAUCAUUCCUCCAUUGCCUGAAAAAUUCAUAAUGAAAGGAGUUGUGGAACGAUUUAAUGACAAAUUCAUCGAGACGAGAAAGAAAGCUCUGCACAAAUUUCUAAACCGGAUUGCCGAUCAUCCCACUUUAACAUUUAAUGAGGACUUUAAAAUAUUUCUUACUGCACAAGCCUGGGAACUUUCAUCACACAAGAAGCAGGGCCCUGGUUUGUUCAGCAGAAUGGGACAAACUGUUAAAGCAGUCGCAUCAUCCAUGAGGGGAGGAGCUGUAAAAAACCGUCCGGAGGUAUUUUCGGAAAUGAUUGAAUACGUGGACAUUUUUAGUCAGAAAAUCAGUCUCUUGGACAAAAUCUCCCACCGGGUUCACAAGGAAGAGAAAGACUAUUUGUAUGAAAUGAAGGAAUUUGGCCCAAUCCACACACUUUGGUCAGCUUCAGAAGAAGACCUGGUCGACACCCUAAAAGGGUUGGCUGGCUGCAUUGACCAAUGUUGCAAGGCUACAGAGAAGCGGAUGACUGCACUUUCCGAAAGCCUCUUUCCUGCUAUACAGGAGUAUUUGCUUUACAGUGAAAUAUUAAUGGGUGUCUUGAAAAGAAGAGACCAAAUCCAAGCUGAGUUGGAUGCCAAAAUUGAUGCUGUAUACAAUAAAAAGAUAGAAAAUGAUCUGUUAUCUGAAGAGAUUGGAAAACUUGAAGACAAAGUCGAAUGUGCCAAUAAUGCUCUACAGGCUGACUGGGAUAGAUGGAAACAGAGUAUGCGUGUUGAUCUGAAAAUGGCAUUUAGUGAUGUAGCAGAAAAUAAUAUCCACUAUUAUGAACAGUGCCUAGCUACCUGGGAGUCCUUCUUGACAUCUCAAGCAACAUCAGACAUUUCCUUGGAAGAACAAUCCGAAGAUCAGACUUGACUUCUUCUUACAAGGAUCCAUCAUCCCUACUUGAUAUUGACACUAGCCAAAGAAAUUAUCUAAUUAUCAAAUCCAAUUAUCCCAUAUAACUAAGAUGCAAUAGUGUGUUGAAAAGAAAUGUAUUAAAAUCUCAGGCAUUUUGUUGUCCUGGGUUGUAUUUGAAUUGCUGAAAAAAGGAAGACACUAAGUCCAAAUAUAACACAGAUUGAGAAAGCUUGCCUUAUUACUUCGAGGUCUCCAAAAAGUGAAAUGUCUGAGAUAUCCAGAUACUUUUUGAUGUGAACCCAGUGUGUGAAAGAAAACAAGAAAUGUGAAGGGCUGGCAUGUUUUUAUUCUUCAGGGCUAGUUUAAAUUUCCCCCAGUGUUGGUGGGUGCACUGGAUCCAAAACUUGGUUCUAGUUCCAAAGCCUUUCCUAUACACCAACUGCUGCCAGCUUUUUAUCCUCUAUUAAAUAAAUGAUACAGAUCUAUGUGUAGGAACUAGGGGAGAGUUUUCCAGGCCAUUUUAUAAAGAUGGCUCUCUCUUUCCACUCUCAGAAAAGGAAACCUGGCACCACAACCUUUGGUUUAGCAUGACAGGAAUGAAUUUGUGGGUUGUACACACUCCAUCCCUUUUCUCCAACUUUCCUCUUCUCUGUGAAAUUUAAGUUACAAACCUUAGAAUCUUAACUUCAAUAGAGUUUAAAAUUAUAUCCAAAUUCUAUAUUAAUUACAGUUUCUUAAAUUAUGUCUGAACCUGGUUUCCUAGCAUAGUCAAAAUUAACCAGUUUUUCAUGGAUUCAAAUAGCAGGAAAAGGCAUAAAGGAGAAAAUCCUGACAGUAAGUGCUAUUUGACAGUGUAAUCAACUGAUGAGAGGGUAGAGAAAUCUCUUUCAUUGGAGGUUUUUAAACAGAGGUUGAUGUACACCUUUCAGGGAUACCUUAGCUGUGUAUUGGUGCAAGACAAGGAGUAGGAUAGCUUACCUUUUGUGAUCCCUUACAACUUUUAAGAUUUUACAAAGCUAUAUUUGAGCAAAAUAACAUGACAUUUAUGAGAAACACAAACAAAGACUUCUAAACUUCUUGUCACACCAGAAGAUGAAGGUAGUGUGUGAGAGAGAGACUGAUGUAUGUUCUUCCUUGUAAUGCUAGACUAUAAUAGUUCAGUGUUCAAACUGGACAAUGAGUAAGAGAAAGAAAGAAAAAAACCUUAAUGAUUUUCUGCAUAUAUUUGAAAUAUGUUUUUCAAAUGCCCUGUAAUUUGGAUAUCAAAUCCCAGUAUUUUAAAUAUGUAAAAAAAUGUCAAUUUUAAUAAUAAAAAUAAUAGGAUUUUUUUCAUUUUUA